AUGUCAGACAAAGCAAACGAAGGAGCUGAUACAAAAUUCGAAAUGAGCAAUGCCAAGGCACUUGGGACUCCCAUGAGUCCAGCUACAUCUCGUGACAAAAAUGAGGAAGGAAAACCAGUGGAUGAAUCAAAAUAUCGUGGAAUGAUUGGAUCUCUAUUUUAUUUAACUUCUAAUCGUCCUGACAUAGUCUUUAGUGUAUGCAGAUGUACUAGGUUCCAAGCAACUCCCAAGGAGUCAUAUUUAACAAUUGUGAAACAAAUUAUUAGAUAUCUUAUUGGAACUACAUCACAUGGAUUAUGGUAUCCACGUCUUAAUAAUUUUAAGCUUAAAGGUUUUCAAACGCAAAUCUUUCAGGAGAUAAAGAUGACAAGAAAAGCACAAGUGGAACUUGUCAACUACUUAAAAAAUUGCUUAUUUCCUGGAACAUUAAGAAACAUGGAUCAGUUGCAUUAUCUACAAAUGAAGCUAAAUACAUUGCCAUUGGACAAUGAUGUGGUCAACUACUUUGGAUGA